CAAAAACCAGUUCAGAUACGCCUGUUACACCUAAAAGCACCUUGCGAUCACCUUUCGUAUAUACAGAAAAAAAGAAUAGAAUGUUGUUUAAGGACUAUAAACUUCUUGAUAAGUUUUCCCCUGCUGUUACGAAUGCGUUGGAGCAUAACUGCCUGAGUCAAACGCAGAGGAGUGAAUUUAUAAGAGAUAUAUGCACGGAUAUAUCUUCAAGUGGUGUAUACUUUUUGAAUAAAGCAGAAAGAAAUCAAGUAGCAUUAGCAAUCGUUACAAAAUAUCCCCAUCUUAAAGAUUCUAUUGGCAGUGGCCUUGGUUCUUGGUCGGAAUCAAUUAAAAACAGAUUUAAGCAUGUACGAAAGUACGCAAGCAAAAAAAGAAAGAAUUCAGCAAUGAAUGACGGUGAUUCAGAAACACGAGACACUUCGGUACAUGCAUCCAAUCCAAGUAAACCUAGAAAGAUGGAUUUCUGGAAUAUUAUACCAAAUCCUGUUGGCACAGAAAGCAUUCAGAACGACCACCUUGCAGAGAUGCAAAAGGAAUGCCAAAAACCACGAAUGGCUCAAGAUAAGAACAAGAUAAAAGAGCUGAUGAAUGUGACAUAUGACUUACGGAGGAAGGAAAUAUUAACGACCACCGUACCAGUUAAAGAAAUAAUCAAGAAAUACCCUCCUCUUGCAAGUGUUAACGGGCUACGCUAUGAGUUCUGCAGAAUAAUGGAAGAUGACUGUGCCACCAAAGAUAUAAAAGAGAGAUUUUCAAGCUACCGAGCCUGUGAUAUGCCAGCCAGUAAGAAGGUUUGCGGGUUCACUGCUCACAACUCUAAACGUGGUUGCAAUAAGUGCACCAAAGAGUUCGUUACUGGUGGAUUCGGUGAUGCAACUGAUUAUUCCGGAUUCAAUUCGAGUAGUGGAGAAAUAUUGUUGACCAUAGGAGGCAUGUUGAGGAGAUUUUAG